CCAAUAACUAUAAGCCUCACAUCCCCAUCCCCUCAUUUUCAUUGCUUUCAAUGGCUUCCCUCUUCACUUCUUGAACUAAAUCCAUUCCAAUUCCAAUUCCAAUUCCGAUUCCAAUUCCAGUCCCGCAUUUUAUCCGAAACAAUCAUGGCUACUGUUGCUUCACUCUCAUUCUGUGGAGUCACUCAAUCACCAACCGAAAGAAAAAUAUGUAUCCCGUCUUCAUCUCGCUCUAUACUCUCCGAUUCCUACUCCAUUCGCGUCCGUACAAGCUUCUCGUUUAAUCCAAUAAGCUUCCGGGCUUCAAACCGAUUAGUUGUCCAUUGCAUGUCUACUGAAUCAUCAGAUAUACCACCACCAGUUUCAGAGACAAAGUUGAAGUUUCUAAAUGCUUACAAACGCCCGAUACCGAGUAUCUACAACACGGUGCUGCAAGAGCUUAUUGUCCAGCAACAUCUGAUGAAGUACAAGAAGACUUAUCGGUACGACGCGGUAUUCGCUUUGGGGUUUGUUACUGUUUAUGAUCAGCUUAUGGAUGGAUACCCAAGUGAGGAUGAUCGUGAGGCUAUCUUUCAAGCAUAUGUUAAGGCACUAAAUGAAGAUCCACAACAAUACAGGGAUGAUGCACAGAAACUGGAAACAUGGGCGCGUGCGCAAAACGCUAGUUCGUUGAUUGAUUUUUCGUCGAAAACAGGAGAAGUUGAGGACAUGUUGAAGGAUAUUGCAGAGAGAGCAGGGGGUAAUGGGAGUUUUAGUUACAGCCGAUUCUUUGCUGUCGGUUUGUUUCGCCUUUUAGAGUUGUCGAAUGCGACAGAUCCCACUAUUUUGGAGAAGCUUUGUGCAGCACUGAACAUCAACAAGAAAAGCGUCGAUAGGGACCUUGAUGUUUAUCGUAAUCUGCUCUCAAAGCUUGUUCAAGCAAAAGAACUAUUAAAAGAAUAUGUUGAGAGGGAGAAGAAGAAGCGAGAAGAAAGAACCGAGCCUCGAAAGGCUAAUGAAGCAGUUAAAAGCUGCUUAGCUGAAAACUUAUACACCAGAAUGUAGCUAAUAAAGUAAUUUAAACCUUUGUUCAGUGUAAAUUGAGGCAUUAUAUUUUCUUUCGUUUACAAUGUUUCUUGAUAAAUUUGUUGUGAACAAGACGAUAAGCACUCGUUACACAGAUCCAAUUUCGUUGCGUAUAUAGAUAUGGUUGAUCAAGUGCUUACCAGUA